AGACUCGUCGCGGUGAUUGCAGCGCUCUGCGUUUCCGCGUUAGCAGUGGGGGGAACCAGCCGAGGGGAGGGAACGGAACACAGCGAGAUUGGCCAAAUCUAACUGGAUUACGCUGUCUGUGUCGCGAUUAAAAUGAAAAAGAAGUGACAUUUUGAUCCUCCGGCCUUGUUUAGGAAAUGAGCAUGGGAUUAUGACAUUCGCUCGGGCACGAGACGGGAUGACAACACUGCCUGACAUGUGAGACAUCAGGACGAAUACAACAACAGUGCGCUUCUGUGGCUGUCUCCGUCACCUUCUGUUUAUGCUCGCUCUGUUGAUGCACAAUUUGCAUUCGUUUUGCAUUUGCUGGAGGUAAUAUGAAGAAGUUUAAUAUCAGGAAGGUGUUGGACGGCUUGACUGCGGCGUCCUCUUCCUCCUCCGCCGCUGCCGCGUCCCCUCAGUCGGGAAACAGGGAGAAUGACAUGAUUCAGGAGACCCUGCAGUCAGAGCAUUUCCAGCUCUGCAAGACACUGCGACAUGGCUUUCCCUAUCAACCCUCUUCCAUGGCUUUUGACCCUGUACAGAAAAUUCUGGCUAUUGGCACACAGAGCGGAGCCCUAAGACUAUUCGGCAGAGCAGGGGUGGAGUGUUACUGCCAGCAUGAGAGCGGAUCGGCUGUCAUCCAGCUGGAGUUUCUUGUCAAUGAAGGGGCACUGGUUAGCGCUUUGGCAGAUGACAGUAUUCAUUUGUGGAAUCUGAGGCAAAAACUUCCAGCCAUUCUCCAUUCUCUUAAAUUUAAUCGGGAGAGGAUCACGUUUUGCCAUUUGCCGUUUCAGAGUAAAUGGCUCUACGUGGGCACGGAAAGAGGGAACAUUCACAUUGUCAAUGUGGAGUCCUUCACCCUCUCAGGCUAUGUCAUCAUGUGGAACAAAGCCAUUGAACUUUCCUCAAAGACUCACCCUGGACCUGUAGUUCAUAUCAGCGAUAACCCCAUGGACGAAGGGAAACUUUUAAUUGGUUUUGAGUGUGGCAUAGUUGUGCUGUGGGACUUGAAAUCGAAGAAGGCUGACUACCGUUACAACUAUGACGAGGCGAUCCACUCUGUGGCUUGGCAUCACGAGGGGAAACAGUUUGUGUGCAGUCACUCAGAUGGCACACUUACCACAUGGAAUGUACGCGCUCCAGCCAAGCCUGCCCAGAUCAUUACACCGCAUGGUAAACAGCCCAAGGAUGGAAAGAAGCCGGAGCCAUGCAAACCCAUCUUGAAAGUGGAGUACAAAACUACCAGGGCAGGGGACCCAUUCAUGAUACUGUGUGGAGGUUUGUCAUAUGAUACAGUGGGUAGGCGAGCCUGUCUGACUGUGAUGCAUGGGAAAAGCACUGCGGUGCUGGAGAUGGACUACCCCAUAGUGGAUUUCCUUACGCUGUGUGAAACCCCAUAUCCAAACGAUUUCCAGGAUCCUUAUGCUGUUGUUGUCCUGCUGGAGAAGGAUUUGGUUGUUAUUGACCUUGCACAAAUUGGGUAUCCGAUCUUUGAGAAUCCAUAUCCUUUGUCCAUCCACGAGUCUCCGGUGACCUGCUGCGAAUAUUUUGCGGACUGUCCUGCUGAAGUCAUUCCUGCGCUUUACUCUGUGGGCUCCAGACAAAAAAGACAGGGCUUCAGUAAGAAGGAAUGGCCAGUAAGUGGAGGUAACUGGGGCCAGGGAACACUAAGUUUUUCAGAGAUCAUCAUCACUGGGCAUGCUGAUGGAUCGAUCAAGUUUUGGGAUGCCUCAGCAUUGAUGCUGCAGGUUUUGUAUAAGCUGAAAACAGCAAAGGUCUUCGAGAAGCCCCGUGGUAAAGAGGAGAAAUCCAGCACUGAAAUUGUGGAUGAAGAUCCUUUUGCUAUCCAGAUCCUGUCUUGGUGUCCAGAGAGUCGUGUGCUCUGUGUGGCUGGAGUAUCGGCUCAUGUCAUAGUCUACAGGUUCAGCAAACAGGAAGUCACCACUGAAGUGGUCCAGCUGCUGGAGGUGCGUAUGCAGUGUGAACUGAAUGAAGUGGAAUCUCCGGAGGGCGGAGGUGAGCAGGCAUCGGCCGUUUCCACCCCAGGAACCUCAUCCAGCCCUCAAACCAGCUUGCCUCAGUCUCACCCCUCCACCAGCAGCAACAACUCCUCUGACGGCCUGCGAGAUAACGUGCCCUGUCUCAAGGUCAGGAGUUCUCCUCUCAAACAGUCUCCGGGUUACCAGGUGGAGCUGCUCAUUCAGCUGGUGUGGGUCAGCGGGGAGCCGCCACAACAGAUCACCAGCCUGGCCGUCAACUCUGCAUAUGGCCUAGUUGCUUUUGGCAAUGGUAACGGACUUGCAGUGGUUGAUUAUCUUCAGAAAACUCUCCUUCUGAACAUGAGCAUAGCCGAGUUGAACGGCUCAACAGAUCCUCACCACAGACAACCACGCUCACCCCGCAAAGCCAGACAGCCUUCGGCAGGUCUUUGUGAUGGUAAUGAUGCAUCAGCCACUCCAGAGGAGAGAUGUAAAUCACCAACAUCAGGCUCCGGUUCACCAUGCAAUUCUGAUGAAGACAGCAAACAAAAGUUCAUUGACAAGGGUACAGUACAUUAUACACACCCAUUUUCUGUCUUAGAAAAGCCUUUAUUUUCAUUGAUUUGGUUCUUUUCAACACAUUUUCCAGUGAUGUCCAAAAGCAAGCAGAUAUCCAAGACUGUUGCCAAUGACUUUGCUAAGAUAUCCCGGAAAAUUAACAUGAUUGCUGAUCAGAAAGAUGAUGCCAGGGACAACUCGUUCAGCCGCUCACGCAGCUCCAGUGUGACCAGCCUUGAAAGAGAGUCACGUGAGGUCAUUUCCUCCUUAUACUUUUGUGACUCCCUGUCCAAGAAGAGUGAGACGGUGGCAGUGCCCAGCCUGUGGGUGGGCACCUCAUUGGGCAGCAUGCUGACCAUCGCCCUCACUGUGCCCUCCACACCAGAACAGAGGAUGCAACAGCCUGUGGGUGUCUGUUUCUGUGGUUCAGUGGUGCGCUUGAAAGGAGGCAUUCUGCGCAUGGCCCAGCUGGAUGCCAGCGGGACGCUUCUGCCCCACAUUUAUGAGCCCUGGUAUGAGCCCAACGCCCCUGAGGAGGAGAAAGAACGGCCACGGAGACGCCAGCCCACAUCCCCUCCUUCUUCUCAGGAGAACCAGGACUGUCAGUACGCUGUGGUCUGCUCAGAGAAGCAGGCUAAGGUGGUGGCACUGCCCUCCCAAAACUGCAUCUACGAGCACAACAUCACCGAGGCCUCCUUCGUACUUAGAGCUGAUGUGGUGAUGAUGACCGCAGGGGUCGGCCUCGCCUGUUUCUGUGCCAAUGGCCACAUUAUGACCCUCAGUUUGCCCAGCCUGCGGCCACUGCUGGAUGUGAACUACCUUCCUCUGACAGACAUGAGGAUAGCCAGAACCUUCUGUUUCUCAAACCAAGGCCAGGCCCUGUACCUCACAUCGCCCACUGAGAUCCAAAGAAUCACCUAUAGCCAGGAAACCUGUGAUAACCUGCAGGAGAUGCUUGGAGAGCUGUUUACUCCAGUGGAGACACCAGAGGCUCCGAACAGAGGGUUCUUCAAGGGCUUAUUUGGAGGCGGUGCUCAGUCCUUGGACAGAGAGGACCUGUUUGGAGAGGUGGCUGCUGGUAAGGCCUCUCGCAGCCUGGCGCAGCACAUCCCAGGUCCAGGUGGUAUGGAGGGCAUGAAGGGGGCCGCGUCAGGUGUGGUGGGAGAGUUGGCACGGGCGAGGAUAGCUCUGGAUGAGAGAGGACAGAAACUAGGCGAGCUGGAGGAGAGGACAGCAGCCAUGAUGGCCAGCGCAGACUCCUUCUCCAGACACGCACAUGAUAUAAUGCUGAAAUACAAGGACAAGAAAUGGUACCAGCUCUGAGGUCCCUGCAGGGAGUCAGCGGACCUUCCUGUGAAGACAGCAGAUCCAUCAUCUCUCCUCCGUUUCUUCCUUCUCUUCCUGUGUCUCUCUCUCUGUGAUGUCCAGAGACUGCCACUCUCGCUCAGCACAACGUCACGCGGCAUUACCUCGAGCUGAGGAGCUGCGGAAAGACAGAGGAGACAGGAGGGGAAGGAACAGGACAGGAGCAUUAGGCCGGGAUUUCCUUCCCUUCUUGGUGGCAGUUGAGUUUCCUCUCCUGAAAACAAAGUCGUGUAUCUUGUCUUGGAGUUGGGAGAGGGGGGUCGGUCACUGGUGCUGCCCCCUGUCUUAUACCUUCAUUCACCACGCUGUCAUUUUUACUGCCAUUCUAUCUGCAAAGAAACUACACAAAGGAUUUUGUGGGACAUUUUGGGAAAAGAAAUUAUUUAAGAUGAAUGAAAUGGGUUAGAGAGACAUACAGCUGACAGAAGAAGGUCCAAUGUCUGCAUUGCCAAGCUUAAUGCUUCUGAUAAUCUGUCACUAGAGCAAGAAAAGAUUGCAUGUCUAGUGAUUUAAUUUAGGAAAUUAGUGCUUUUUCUUAUUUUACGAAUUAGAGUGAAUCUCAUGAAAACACAUCCAGGUAAUAUUUCACCUCGAAAUCAAUAUUUUGCAUAAAGAAAACACUCUUUAAGCAAACUAUUUCUUGUUUAUUUUGAUUUUAGGGUGAAACAUAACCUGGAUUUCAUGAGAUUCACUCAGUAAUCAUGUUAGCUAUGGAAAAGGCCGGAUUGUCUUACAUAAGGUGUGAUGAAGUACCAUUUAAUUUCACCUCUAAAGGGCUGGAAGUUGCUGUAUUUACCACAUAUCAUGUGAUUAUUUUGCCAUAUGAAAUUGCAGACAGGCCUGGGCAGUGAAGCUGAUCUGAUCAUGCAUCAUUUUGUCGGUUCUAUCGUCUAAACGACGUAUUGGUUUACACUGAUCAGGUCCUGAAAGAGCUUUUAUGGAAGAGCUCUGACUAUGAUGUACACUAUACGCUGCGCUGACACUGGAGAAAGAUGUUCAUUUUAAAUAUAUAAAGAUGUAAAGAACACGUAGGUGAAUCUCACAGAAACAUGUCCAGCUCGUAUUUCACCCCAGAAUUUUGCAUUAUGCUUAGAAAACAAUACAUUAAAUUUAAAUCAGAAUUAAUUAAAGGCUACAAAUACUAUCAUGAUGUAUAAAUAUUUCAUUUAAAUUACACUUUGGGAAAUUGAAUGGGGUUUUUUUUGCAUUACAGAAUAAAAAUGUGCCUAAUUGUCAUGAAAAAGUGCAAAAAAUGGGCUUAGUUUUCUGUAAACAAAAUCUAAUUUAGUAUUUCUCUGAUUUUUUUGGGCUGAAACGUGACCCUGACAUGCUCUUAACCGGUUUCACCCGUGUGAAAAACUGCUGAAUGUUUGCUGGUUAUAUACAAACAGACCCGAAGAGCGUCAAUUAUUUUUGUUCUAAAGGAGCGGGUUAUUUUUGUCGCAAUUUAACGCAAGUGUGAGGCAUGAUCUUGAUUAUGUGCCUUGUGAUGAUUGACAUGUCAGAAACCCGUCCCGCUCUCCAGCGAGCUCCUACGGACGGGACACCGGCGGAUGUGCCGAGAGUACUGAAUCUUCAUAUGCAAAACAGUUUCCCACAAUGGCUUAUGGGGGACUCAGUACAGUACCGGGUGACCUCCUCAUCCGAAUGGAUUUCUCUGUGUAUUUUCUAAGAAGCCUUUUGGAUGGACUAAUGCAUGAGUUUGUCAUCCUCACAGAGAGGUGAAUAUAUCUAUCUCUGUGUUUGUUGCUGCAGUGGAAGUGACCACUAAAUGUUCAAUGCAACUCCAUACUCUUGAUCAGCAGCCCUCGAGAGGGGGUUACCUUCUGCCUUUGCUUUGCGACCCAUGAAUAUAUGCUAACCUCGACUCGUGUGCGUAUACGUGUGUGUUCGUGAACAUACAUGUACGCAAGAAUAUGUGUAUGCUCACGUUUAUAUAAACUAAAGAUACAAUAUAUUUGAAAGCAUAUGUUUUCUUUAAGUGUGUUUUCUUAUUUAUGAGGUGCAAGAAAUUGCUGCUAUUUGUGUUUAAUUCAGAGCAUCUGUUGACGCUUCUUCUGUUUUUUGUUUGUCACAUUGCUGCCAAAUGUUGUACAUAUUAAUACUUAUGAAGACAAACUUUAGAGUCAAAGUUACUGAGAUGGUGGCCAUGAUCUGAUUAGACUCCAAAGAGUUGCUUUGCUGUGGAAGUUGUUCUCACGAAGAGGAUGUUCCUUAUAAUUUAAAACAUAAGUGUCAAGGAAUCUGCACACACAUACAUAUAUAUAUAUAUAUAUAUAUAUAUAGAUAUAGAUAGCAAACCACUCCUUCUGUUGCCAUGGUGUUUGUGUAAAUAUCAACCAAAAUAGCCAUUUUCAAUGUCCAGCUUCUCUGCUUCAUAUAUUUUUCUUUUCUAUGAGUAGUUUUGUGGUUUUGCACUAUGUUUUAUAUUAUAAUGUCAUCAGAGUCAUUUUAUUAUUACUAUUUUUGUAGUUGGUGUUGUUCUUCAAUUUGGACAUUUUGUUUCUUUAAGAAGGACCAAACUAAGACAGAUGCUAAGUGUAAAUGAGGUGGCUCACACUCUCACAUUUGUCCUCAUUGCCAGUUUAAUGAUAUUCUAAUAUAUUUAUACAUUUGAAAUAUAUAUAUAUAAUUUACUUUUAAUUUCAGAUAUUUACAAAUGAAUACUUUUAUUCUAUUAUUUGGAAUGAAAGGGCACAUUUUAAGAUAUAUAAAUUGGUUGUAUAUAUAUUCUCACUGAAACCUUUUAUGGUGAGCCAUCUGCUUAAAGAGGCAAAGACGAGUUAAAGAAUCUCUGAAAUCAUUGGCCAUCUCUCUGUACUGUCUGUCCUCUGAUUUCUCUUGCACAAAAGGCAGCAUGAUAUCGUGUUUACAAACUUGAAACAUCCAUCUACAUUAUGUUUUGGCUUUUUUUUCCCCCCUUUAUUCCUGCUAGUGAGAUGUUUGUAAAGGAACAAUUCAUGAGUAUUUACUCUCUAUUAUUGAUUAUUAUGAUUCUUUUUUUCUAUAGUAUACUCACAGCAUUGUUAUUUGAGUUUCCAUGAAGAUCAUUUGAACAUGCCUAGCUGAACUCCUGAAGCACUAUCCUGCAAAGGUUCGGUUUUAGGAGUCGUUGGGGAUGAUUCUCCGCGGGGUUGUAGGUUUUCUCAUCAUAGUCGACUUAUUGUACAGUUUUAUUAAUCAGACUUUCACAUGAAUGUUUGUCUUAAUCUGCUGCCACCCAACAAUUUAGGAAACAUGUUUAUAGACAUAACUGUGCAAUGGAAAAUAAAUGUAACAGAAAGAUUUA